CUCACGUUAGUAGGUUUGCGCUUUAUUAACCCGUUUUCGUGAAACGAAACAAACCGUGCCAUCGAAGGUGAUAAAACGACUCGAAACCCAGUUGUGAUUGAUGCCAACAUGUGAUUGCACAGCGAGUUUUCGUGGUUACAUCGAUACAGAAAUCGGCGUGUUCAUCAGUGUGUAAAAAUAAAAGUUGUUGAUCGAUCGACUUCUCACAGAAGAAUGGCUAUACAUCUUCAAGAAGUGAUGCGAUCAGAAGUGGAGGGUGGCCUUGCUGGUCCAGCUAAUCCAAUACCGAGUCAGUCGAUAGAUUGCGGUUGUGGACUACUACCAUGUCCGAAAUUAGCAAAAUUUGCAACUCGCCGACUUUUCGUUGGCUUACUCUCGUGGGUUGGCUUCAUUCAAGCCGCUGCUUACGCGUAUCUUUUCAUAGCAGGACCUACAAUCGGAAGAAGAUUUCAAUUUGAUCCUUAUGUAAUGGAAUGGGUACUUAUAAUAUCUGAUUUGACACCUUUUCUUCUUGGAGUAGUCGUUGCAUAUUGGGGUGAUAGAAUUCACAGAGCUGCAUGGAUUGGCGGUAUAGUUCUUUUGCAAAGCAUUUCGUAUUUUAUUAUGAUAAUUCCUCAUCUGACGCAUCAGACCAAAGUUAUCGAAGAAACCGAAAACAUGACACAUAUGUCGAUAUACGCAGAUGAUAGUCGAGAUCUGUGUUUCGACGCUUCUUCUAGGAUUGUUGCAAAAGAGAAUGAGCCCUGUUAUUUCACAUUUUCAAUGAUCUUCAUUGUACAAAUUAUAUCUGGUAUUGCGAACAUUGCGUACUUUGCGUUAGGUAUAUCUUAUUUAGACGAUAAUACAAAGAAAAAACACAUAGCUGCUUUCAUUGGUGUUCUCAUUGCUGCGAAGAUUUUCGGUAUUCUGCUAGGAUCUAUCUUGGCUUGGAUUUGUCUCAGAGUCGACGCAGUGACUUUGAGCUUGAUAAAGUCUUACAGAGAACAAAUCGGCGCAUGGUGGUUGGGGUUACCAAUUCUAACGAUACUACUCAUAGUUCCUGGUUUACUUCUUUCAUGGUUCCCUCAAAUGUUACCAUCUGAGGUUGUCGAAAAAGCUGCUGCCUCGUUACUACAUAGUUCCAACAAUCAAAAUCGAACAUCUCGCAGAUUGGUUAGUCGAAAAGUUGGUAAUUCCAAUUUCUGGCCAUCGGUCGGUAGACUGUUCAUUAAUAAAACUUUGAUUUGCCAAGUCGUUUCUUGUAGUCUUUACAUUAUGGCGAUUGUGCAUUUUAUUAGUUUUGAAAAUCUCAUUGCACAAUCAAGAUUUCACGUACCAAAGCCAAGUGGGAUGUUACUCGGCUUUGAGGAUCCAGCUUCGUCAAGAUUAAUAUUAAAUAUCUUGAAACCUAUUCUAGUCGCCUUGAUCGUGAUCGUUUCUGGCUUGGUUAUUUCAAAGGCGAAACCUGGUGCUAAGUGUAUCAUUGGUUACAGUAUCAUCGUUAUACUUUUAGCAUCUGUAAUUAUUUUCUCAUUGUCUGCCUCAACUUGUGAGAAAAAGCCUAUUGUUGGUACCAGUAGAAACGGAUCUCUCGUGCUAUUGAAGUAUUGUAACAGAAAUUGUGGCUGCUCUUAUGACGCUGAUUUUCGUCCAGUCUGCGAUAGCAAAGGCACCUUCGUCUUUUAUAGUCCUUGUCAUGCUGGAUGCACUUCUUCCAAACUUAUAAAUGGCGUAACAAUUUACAAUGGUUGCAGCUGCAUAGAAGAAGAAAUAGGAAUGGGAGUGGAAGUGAUCGAUGGACCUUGCACUUCUAUUAGUUGUCAAAAUAAUUGGAUACUUUUCGAGUCCGGAAGUCUGUUGACGUGCAUAUUAGUUGCAUCAACUUUCGUGGGAGAUAUAUUGAUAAUCUUGAGAUCAGUCAACGUGCAGGACAAGGCUAUCAGCAUAGGUUUGUGGAUGUCGUUCUUGGCUAUACUUGCGAAUAUUCCCGGAAAAAUUCUUUACGAUGUGAUUGCAAAUCUAACGUGCCGACAUUGGGGAACUCAAAGAUCUAUGUGCCAUCUCCAUGAUGGCUUGAAACUUGGCAACUAUCUAUGCUACAUGACAGGUUCACUAUUAGCUCUGUCUGUCAUAUUGAAAACCCUAGUGUGGUUCUUCUGCAGAGACUUGGAGCUUUAUAUUCAGAAAGACGAAGAACCGGCAGCAGCGACUGAAUUGAGAAAAUUGAUGCACAAUCUUGACGUUGCGUCUGGUAAACAAGAGGAACAAACUAAGCCUGAUCAUGAUAAUAACACGCCAGUUCGAGUAGAUAUCGCGAACGAGGAAUUGAAGACAUCAACGAGGUCCCUAAAUGAAAGUCUGUCGAAGAAGAAUGUGGAAGAAGAGGAAGAGGAGGAAACAACGCUGAAGUAUGGUCCCAUCGGUCCUGGAGAUCGUCGAACGGACUCAAAAUCGUCGCUGAAUCAAACGACGCAAAAUCGAAAGUCAAUGAUUCGAAACUUAGAGUCGGAAGACGAGUUAAGUUCUAGCGACGAAGAAAGUAAAAAAAAAUCGAGUCCAAAGAUAGCAUACAAGCCGUUGAAUCUCGAUUCCGAUGUAGAAAGUGAUUUAAGCAGCGUGGAGCCAAGAUCGCGGAAGCGUAUUAUGGGGAAAGACUACGAUUCUGUUUAUACCAGCGAUCGCAGCUCUUCCGCGAAAAGCUCGCUCUUUAGACGUGAAUUUCCUAAUCCGGAUAACUACGGGGAUCCGAGACAAGCGAAACACAUAGAUGGUUCUUCGGAAACCAGCAGUUUCAAAUUCUCGAGAAAGAGGCAAGACGUUGAGGUACAGAAGAAAGGAGAUUUCAACGAAGUUGGUAUACCAAUAGUAGAUGCUCCUGUUCCGCCUGCUUCCGCGAAAGGUGUAAAAUCGCUGAUUAAUCGAUACGAACUAAACGCUGAACAGCAAACCGAAGAAGGCGAAGAGUCCUUCAGAUCAAGUGAAAACGGAACUCACUUGGAAAGUAAAAUAGGGAUUCCGCUAGUAGCUAUGGCACCGAAAAGACCUCUCUCGAGGAGUCAAUAUUCAUCAGGAUUUGGCAGUUUAACGGAUGGUAAGAUUCCUGAAAAUCGAUCCGAAUCCCGCGAAAGCGUUAACACGAAAGCAUCUAGUAAGGGCAGUCUAGGGACACUGCGCACUGAUCUCUGAUGUACAAUUAUGUUACAUAUCAGUUCUCUAUUUUGAAAUUUUAUACGAAAAUCUAUAAAGACACUUUAUUUAUUUAACACUUUUGGCUAGUUUUCUUUAUCUGUCGAGUCUUAAUUCUAUAAUACGUACAAUUAUUCAUAAACCGUUAAAGAGUGAGCUAAUAUGUAAAAGUAAGUUCUUUAAUCUUAAUGAAAUCAUAUGUUAUGAAAUCAUAUAUUGCAGAAAAUUUGUUUCAUUGAAUUGUAGUUUCGAUUGGAAAGUAACAUACAUCUAAUUGAAUUUUUGUAGAAUAGAAGAAAUAUAAGUAAAUUAAUUUAAACACUUUUGUAGAAUAGAAGAAAUAUAAGUAAAUUAAUUGAAACACUUCUAAGUACAGGUACAUAAGAAUUAAAGAGAGUAUUUUGUAUAUCAAUGAUAGUUUUAAGUAAAUAAUUUUGCCUGAAAUUUCAGAAAAAUGCUCAAAACGUUAUUAAUAUCAUAAAAAUACUUUUUUUAUGACUUUUGAAGACUAAAUUCUUUGCAUUUAAAGAAAAAGAUGUAACUUAAGAAUAAUAUAAAAAUGUAUAAAGUAUUUCCCUCUAUUAGAAAAAGGAAGUAUACUGCGACGUGCAAAGAUAAAACAUAAAUUUUUCCCAAACUUGCUCCCAAAAUUUUGCAAGGUCAGUAUUAUUUAUUAGCAUCAAAGUAUAUUUUUUUAGGAAAAGAAUAUAUUUUUCCUAUUAUAUCAUAUAAGCAUAAACGAGUAGUAAAGUUCAAUCAUAUCUAAUUUUUUAAAACUAUCUUGAACACCAAACAAGUGAUCAAGUUUUUAAAUAACAUUAACAAAGGAGUAAUUUUAGGAUAUUUAGAAAAAUAUGCAACUUAUAUUUUUUCUUAUUGGUAAUUAUCUUUAUCGAAGGAAUGAAAACAGUUCGUUACAGAAUACCAUUAUAACCACGACUGACCAAAACAGAUAUAGAAAGUACAAAUUUACAGGUGAUUGACAAUAGUUUGAAUUUGGUAAAAAUUUUCAGUAGAAGAAUAUUAGCGAUCUACAGACUUUAUAUCUAUGCUAUAAAAAGAUUUAUGGGGGAAAAAUAUAGCAGUCAGAAUUUCCAUAAAAUUCCAAUUCAAUUAAAUCGAUCGAUUAUUAAUGUCUAGAUUACAAUGAAAAUUACAGUGUUUAGCUGUAGAACUCAAACGUAACUAACUCGAUCUAUUUCCACUAAUAACGAAUCAGUGAAGAAAAGUGGAGCGGUUAAGAUAACAUACGGUCAGUUAUUCAAAAAGUGUCGUUACUUUAUUUUUAGUUUAAUUCUUCUGUGUUAUUGGAUUUUUUAGUACUCGAGUGGAAAUUUAUAUCUACUAUCAAGCGAAAUGAUCAAGAUUACUGAAAGUCGAUAACAAAUUUAUGAAAUAUAUUAAGUACAGGUUUUCUUCGUCUAAAAAUAUUAGAUGAAAUUAAUUUUUGUACUUCGUUAGAAUCUGUUAGAAAAUAAAUAUUCUAGAUUAAUGUUCAUGUAACAUCUAUUUCAUAUUAAAAAAAAAAAAAAAAAAAACAA